GUCCCUCCGCGCUGCGCCGAGUGAGGGGAAACCCGAGGGGUUCCCUGGAGAAGGUGGUGCGUCCUGGGGCGGCAGCUGAGGAAGAAAGACGCAGUGCCCCGAAGCCCCUGAGCUGAAAAGGGCCAGAAAGGGGGCGGCAUGGCAUGGCCCAAACUGCCCGCACCUUGGCUGCUGCUCUGCACUUGGCUCCCAGCAGGGUGCCUGUCCUUGCUUGUGACGGUCCAGCACACAGAACGCUAUGUCACCCUGUUUGCCUCUAUCAUCCUCAAAUGUGACUAUACCACCUCUGCCCAGCUCCAGGACGUGGUGGUGACAUGGCGCUUCAAGUCGUUCUGCAAGGACCCUAUCUUUGACUACUACUCAGCGUCAUACCAGGCAGCUUUAUCCCUGGGCCAGGACCCAUCCAACGACUGCAACGACAACCAGCGGGAAGUUCGCAUCGUGGCCCAGCGGCGGGGGCAGAAUGAGCCCGUGCUGGGGGUAGAUUACCGGCAGCGCAAGAUCACCAUCCAGAACCGAGCAGAUCUUGUGAUUAAUGAAGUGAUGUGGUGGGACCAUGGAGUGUAUUACUGCACCAUUGAGGCUCCAGGGGACACAUCAGGAGACCCCGAUAAGGAAGUAAAGCUCAUCGUCCUGCACUGGCUGACCGUGAUCUUCAUCAUCUUGGGAGCCCUCCUCCUCCUGCUGCUGAUUGGAGUGUGCUGGUGCCAGUGCUGUCCUCAGUAUUGCUGCUGCUACAUCCGCUGUCCCUGCUGUCCCACCCGCUGCUGCUGUCCUGAGGAAGCCCUGGCCCGCCACCGCUACAUGAAGCAGGCCCAGGCCCUAGGUCCUCAGAUGAUGGAAAAACCCCUGUACUGGGGGGCGGACAGGAGCUCCCAGGUUUCAUCUUAUCCAAUGCACCCGCUGCUGCAGCGAGAUUUGUCCCUGCGGUCCAGCCUCCCUCAGCUGCCAAUGACCCAGACCACCAAUCACCCUCCCAUCACCAAUAGUGUCCUGGAGUAUUUGGAGAAAGAACUGCGGAACCUCAACCUGGCACAGCCUCUGCCCCCUGACCUCAAAGCCAGAUUUGGCCAUCCCUGCAGCAUGCUGUCCUCCCUGGGCUCCGAGGUUGUGGAACGCAGAAUCAUCCACCUGCCCCCACUGAUCAGAGACCUGUCAUCCUCAAAGAGGACCAGUGACUCCCUGCACCAGCAGUGGCUCACCCCAAAUCACUCCAGGCCCUGGGAUCUGAGAGAUGGGAGAAGGCAGCACCAUUACCCUGAUUUCCACCAGGAGCUCCAGGACCGGGGGCCAAAGUCUUGGGCAUUGGAAAGAAGGGAACUGGACCCAUCGUGGAGUGGAAGACACCGUAGCUCUAGGCUGAAUGGGUCACCCACACACUGGUCAGACAGGGAUAGCCUAAGCGAUGUCCCCUCGUCCAGCGAGGCACACUGGCGGCCGAGCCACCCUCCUUUCAGGAGCCGCUGUCAGGAGAGGCCCCACAGGCUCAGCCCCCGGGAGAGCACUCAGAGGCACGGGAGACGACGCAGGCACCGCAGCUACUCUCCUCCCCUGCCCUCCGGCCUCAGUUCCUGGAGCUCUGAAGAGGACAAGGAGAGGCAGCCCCAGAGCUGGGGGGCCCAUUGCCGCCGCUCGUACUCCCCACACUGGCCCGAGGAGAAGCCACCUAGCUACCGCUCACUGGAUGUCACUCCAGGCAAGAAUAGCAGGAAAAAAGGAAGUGUGGAGAAGCGUUUGGAGAAAGACAGCUCUCAUAGCGGAAGGAGUGUGGUCAUUUAGUCACCAGGCACACAGCACAACUUCUGUGGCUACUUCUCGGCUCCUGUGUGUCAUCAGCAUCACCUAGAUUUCCAGCUGACUUGGGACCUGCAAGUCUGAAUCUAACAGUUUUGGCUUAGAUUCUGAGAAUCAAAUAGAAGAAUUUUAAAUACAAGAUUUUGAGAUUGGGUGUAGUGGCUCACACCUGUAAUCCCAGCACUUUGGGAGGCUAAGGUGAGAGAAUCACUUGAAACUAGGAGUUCAAGAUCAGCCUGGGAAACAUAGUGAGAACCCAUCUCUACAAAAAAUUUUUAAAAAAAUUAGUUGGGUGUGGUGGCAUGCACUUGUAUUCCCAGCUGCUCAAGAGGCUGAGGCAAGAGGAUCCCUUGAGCCGGGAGUGCAAGGCUGCAAAGAGCCAGGAUCCCAUGAUCACACAUCUGUUCUCCAGCCUGGGCAAUAGAGCAAGUCCCCAUCACUAAAUAAAACCAAAAAGCCAAAAAACAAAACAGUUAGAGUGUGAGGAAUUACCAACUGUAGUUUUAGCCUUGGUUCAUGCUCUCUUGCAUAUUUAUAUAGUCUCUGACUUGUAAUGGACCCUGACUGGAAUGUGAUUCCUCAGGAACUUAGUAGCCUGAGUCUUUCAGUAGAUUACACUGCCCAGAACCAUGGCCAUUCUCAGAGUGAGAACUUGGGAAUUUUUAAGAAGAAAUCAAACACGUUUCAGGAAGAGGAAAUCUAUGGAGUAUUAUAGGGACAUUCCCAUGGGAAUGUGUCUUCCUCCAUGGCAGGUCUUGAGGGUCCUUUCUUGUUAGGAGUUUAUCCUGCCAUCCCCAUGCCCAGUCCUGAGGUUCCAGUCAGAGAUGGCACAGGAAAUACCCCAGCCAUGUGCCACUCAUGGGCUAUUUAUUAUAAGUGUAGAAAAUCACAGAGAAGCAGUUUUGCACCAGCCUUGUUCCUGUGCCUUGUUUUCCUCUUGGUCUUUUUUACCUGUAUAUCUAAUUUAUAUGUUCGUAUAUAUUGUGUAUUGAUUGAAGUCACUUUCAACCCUUCUUGGGAAUGACACAGUAUAUAAAUAAGAAAGAAAGAAACAAACCAUACCAAGCUGAACGUGCUGC